AUGUUGUGUUUUUUGUCCUCUCCUAUUAUAGCUGGUUUUGCUCGCUCUCAAGCCUUUCGAGAGGAGUUCAUUAAUCCGGAAGAAGACAUACAGCGAGAAAAAAAGCUACAACAAGUGGUUUCUAUUGGGAGUCGCAUUGUGGUAUUUUGUUGGAUGAUGCAAGAAUGUGAUUCCAAUGGCAAGAAGGAUCUUUUUGCCAAGGUAGUGGCAAACUUUCCGCAUCUUUUCCGUGAAUCCUACAAGGCAAAUGUCCAAAAAACAUCGUCAUGGUGGAAACUAAAAGACCAGUACUCAAAGGCUAGUGUGCAUACCGAGUUUUUGCAGAUGAAUCAGCAGUUCAAAGCUACGAGAAAGAAUUUCAAAGCUGUGGCAGGUCGUGGCCGCAACACAAAAGAUUGGACGACUCACAUGUAUGUAGAACUCAACGAGGAGUUCCACCGACUGCAAAAAACGAGGCUAAAGUUCUCAACAGCCCUACUUGGCACUCUGGCUAGAGACAUUAUCAAAUCAAAUGAGGGAGAAUUCAAUGCGAAUUUCAGAGAUGCAGACGGCAAACUGAUUCUCAACAAAAUUACGACAAUGUGGGUUCAAACAUUCAUGGCAAAACACAACGUGGUCAAACUAAUUAGAGGAUUUUCAUCUAGCGAGUUGGAUGAAAACCUAAUAAAAAACAUGGAUGAGACUCAUUUCGCAGUGAAUGUUGACAAUGAUCGGAUCCUAGGAAUUUGGGGAGACAACGAUGUCAAAUAUGCUGAUGUUGCACCGAUGAUCAUCUUCACGAAUAAAAAUAGAUCCUAUGGGAUUCAGGGUUUAUUAGAUGAUGUGCCAGGUGCAAGUUAUCGCACAUGGCCGAAAGGAUGGAAUGAUAUGCAGGUAUUCCCGCAAUGGCUCUCUGAACCACGUGCUUUUCAACAUGAUCGUCACAAUGAAUCAGAUGCGAUGUCGGUUGCGUUGACUAGAACCAAGACAACCCUUCGGUUCUUCCCUCCAUGUGUUACUAACAAGGUUCAGCCUGCAUAUCCUUUUGUUAUUUCCAAGAUCAAGGAUGCUCGGACAAAACGAUGGGAGAGCAAGAAGAUGGAGAUGAUACGAGAACAACAGUGGUCAAAUGAAGUUCUCCGCGAUGGCGAAUGGUCGAGCAAGCUGCUGAACUCGGGGAAAAGAUUCUCUUUGCAGUUGGCCGUUAGCAUCGCGUUGCAUGUAAACAUGCAACUCGAUGCUAACGGCCUCAUCUAUGCUCCUAAAGCCAUGAUUCCUUGUGGAUUGGCAAUCGAUGCGAGAGGAGAAUGGCAUAUCAAACAAUUAUUGCAGCGAUCAUAA